AGCAGCCACCUUUGUAUCUCACGGCCAAAGAGCCACGUCCAAGCUCCUCACCUCGACAAAUUUUGGCGAUCUUGUUCGCUUUACGCAGACCGAUGUCCUGGUCGCAAUCGCAGAGGACGUCGCCGCACUGCCAUGUCAAGCCCAUCCACGUCGCCGGCGGGAGCUGGUCGGCCUCCACCGACGCCUUCUUCGUCGUCCGUGCCGCCCCUUGUCAGCGAGCCGGAUGCGACCUACCGAUCACUCCUAUCUCUGCUGCUGGCGGGAUCUGCUUCCAGUCGACAUUUGCUUCUACUACCCGAGCCGACGUUGACUGCCAGCAUAGCGCACUACCUUUCGUCUCUGCCUUCUGAUGCCUUGCCUGGUUUCGUGCGAGCACUUUGCGAAAGUGCCUGCCUUUGGGCAUGCCGCAACACGAAUGGCGACGGUGACAUUGCGCAAGAUGCCACCACUCAGGUGCAAGGACCCCAGCUCCCAACGUUGGAUGAGCGCUCGAUGCUCGUGUACAAUGCAGCAGUGCAGGCGGUGCUCCGAAGACACUCCGCCCUUCUGCAUUCCAGAGCAGGGUCUCUCAGCUACGGAACCGAGCGACAAUUGUCAAGCUGGGUCAGGAAGGUCAUGCAAGCGCUUUCAAUCCCGCUUGAUCUCGCGAACACAUCUUCCAAUCUUCCGAAGAUAUCUCAGCCUGAAGUGGAGGGUGAGGCCGAUCCGGCCAGCAAGAUUUCGGCGCUCAGCUUGCCUGCGAUUUCUAUAGCUUCUGGCCUGCUCACUGCGUUAUACAGCAUUCGGCAGCAGCUCAAAGAACGUAAGACGGGACUCAAUCCCAAGGGGUCGAUGCGUGAAGCUGCAAAGUACUGGGGUCCACUACUGGAUGCUGCUCUCCAGAAGUACUCUGGCCAAUUGCACCAACGAAAGGGGACAAUCGGCUUAGGCGCAGACUCAAGCGCGUGGGAGAAGGAAUUCGAAAGGCAUGCUGCUGGCCAAGCCGAGGUCGCGGACAGCGCGAUCGCUCUGCCUCCACCAGCCUCACCAUCUCGCAGCAGCCCGCUUGAUGUAGAAGCUCAAGCUGUCUGCUGCGUGUUGUCCGCCCUGGGCCCCAAUUUGUCCGAGACAGCGAUUGAGCUCAGAGACAGCGUCGCACUCAUCAAUCUCUGCACACCGUUCGUCCGAAGCGUUUUUGACGCCCAGCUACUCACCUCGGUCAAGAAUGACGUGGUGUCUGGCCCGGAUGGACUCGAAAUCAAAGCAGAUUCGGAGCUUGCGCGUCGAAUCAAGGGCUCAGCGACAUCGCACAAUCUACCUCGCCUGGGUCCAAUCACACGAAUCGCGGGACUAGCGCUGGGCGAAGCAGCGCGCAGUCAGACACCAGAGGUCCUGGAGGAGGCAGUCCAUCAACUCGAAGAAGGCCUUUACGAAUUGUCGCGUCGAUGGGAAGCUGGCUUCGUAUCCGCCGAUCUGAGCACGGUGGCGCCUGCGAGCGAAGGUCUUACGACGCAACUUUGGACGCUUUUCAAGUCUCUCUUGUUUGGGAGCGUCAUGCUGUACGAUGGCCUGCUUGAUGGGCUGCUGGAGGCCAUCCCAUCCCAGCCCCUCGUCGUAAUCUUGUCUCCCGAAAGCCCAGGCUACGUGGAAGGUCUGACUAGCUCGAAUAUUCCCCCAAUCUAUCUGGCUCUCUGCCACUCGGCCCUUCAAACCCUAUCGAACCUGAGCUUUGUCUCACAUCCAAUGGGCGACUCUUUUGAGGCCCUGCGCAGAACAACGUACGCUGCGCUUGACAUUCUGGCUCGAGAUGCACGAGCUGCUGUAAGCCUUAUCACCGACCUGAGAAGAUCCCUAGCGGGAGGCGAGAUCGAGUCAAGCCACAAGUCGUGGAGGAGAGAAAAGGUCACGUUCUUUCUAGACGCGUGUGAGCAGCUCGUUCCAUCAGUCCCCGAUGCGGUGCACCGAGUGGUGCUGGACGUGGCCAAGUACUAUCUGGAGGACAACACGUGGCCUGACACGUUCGAGUCGGCGCACUCGGUCGUUCUAGCGCUUCUGUCAGCGCACGCACCAUGCUCAUCUUCACUCGCGCCAUAUUAUUCUUCAUCUUUACUAAAGCUCUUUCCGGGAAAGAUCAACGCCGAGCAAUUAGAGCAUGCGUAUUGCACACUGGUAGAUUCAGCUUCCUCCAUGGACGACGCCUUGGCUCUUUGGUGCGCGGAACAAUUGCGAGACGAGAUAGAAUCAGAGCGAAGCGUAUCACUAGCCGCUUCGCCGCAGUCUGCCGAGCCCAGUCUCGAAUCUGACCCAAGAUCAGGGUCUCAAAUACCUGCAACAAGGCUGGAGACGCUGCAAGCUGUUCAUGUCGCUCUUCUUCCCUCGCUGCAUCUCGUGCUGCUUCAGACACAUCUCAGCUAUGUCAAGCGACACUUGCUCUCGCUCCCUGCAGAUUCUACGCAGCGAGAAGCUCUGGCGGAGAAGACGUUCGACGCUCUCGCUGGACUUGACGCUGCUACGCGGGAGGAAGGACUUGCUUGGUGGGCACGCGAGAGGGAAGCGUUUGGAGUCUGAGGAAUUGCAUCGCCUUCCACCCAGAACAAAGAUGUGUGCUGUCCUCCCAUGCCCUUUCGAGCCUGAUGUCUUUUAUUGAGUUUGACCCCGCAUAUAUUCCUGC